AUGACGCUUCGAUUGCAGACGAUAGACAACAGCCUCAAAGGCCGAUUGGCUUUGGUGACGGGUUCAAGUGGCGGAAUAGGUUCCGCUGUUGCGAGAGCCUUUGCUGCUCAAGGUUGUGAUGUUGGUCUGCAUUAUUCUUCUAGUAAAGAAAAGGCAGACAAGCUUGCACAAGAGCUGAGUGAGACAUACCCGUCUCAGCUGUUUGUGCCUGUGCAUGCAGAUCUUUCACAACGAGAGUCAACAAGAGCUUUGGUUUCAAGCUUAUUGAGCCAAGAUGUUGUCUCAUCUAAGCACAAGGCAGUUUCCAUCCUAGUGGCAAAUGCCGGCUUGGGAAGACGGAUCCGUGAUGUUGCGGAGAUUGGAGAGGAUGAUUGGGAUGAGAUGAUGGAGGUCAACAGCCGAAGUCAGUUUGUCGUUACCAAAGCUUGUCUUGAUGGUAUGAGACAGCAAGGCUGGGGGCGGGUUAUACUAGUUGGAAGUAUUGCUGCUCGUGGAAGCGGGCUGAAUGGAUGCCAUUAUGCUGCUUCGAAAGGUGCUCUGACUUCGAUGGGCCAGAAUUUGGCCACUUUGUUGGCACCUGAAGGCGUUACAGUCAAUAUCGUCUCGCCAGCUAUGAUUGGCUCAACGGGCAUGAUCCCACCGCCCAUCUCAGAAACCUGGGAUAAAGGAUGUGACUUGGACGAGCUGAAAAAGACUGAUCCUGGCCUUGCCAUUGCUGCAUCUAUUCCAGUUCAUCGUCUCGGCUCACCCAAUGAGGUUUGUGAAGCGAUCAUCAUGUUGGCAAGAAAUGGAUACAUGACUGGACAGGAUAUUCUGCUUAGUGGUGGUUUGAAAUAG